AUGGCAUUGUCAACACAGGAAAUAGAAGAAAGAGCACAAACUCUUGGUCUUUUUGAAACUUUGAAAAACAGUCCUGAAACCUUACAUGAACACAUGGUUAAAUAUGUUUACCCAAGUAUUGAAGGUAGAGAUCACCAGCGAUUGCUUUAUUAUUUUACGCUCCUUGAAAGCUGUGGUUGCUCAGAAGUGGGGAAGCAUGCUGUUAAACCUGAAACUCACAUCCGGCUCCUCAAAAAAUUCAAAGCAGUUGCACCAGGUCUUAAUUACAAAAAGCUAACAGAUGAAAAUGAAAACCCUCUGGAAACACUGGAGCCCAUCCUUACAAGUCAAAAUAUCUUAUCUAUUUCCAAACUGGCUCCCAAAAUUCCUAAAAAAGAUGGCAGCAUGCUGUCAGCAAGCUCCAUUUAUGCUGUCUGGUUACAAAAACUCUUUUGGAAUGGUGAUCACCAUCUCAUUAAAAAGAUACCAGAAACCGUGGAUGAAUGGCUACAUGCAUAUGAUAUGUGUUCAAAGUACUUCGAUAGGCUUGAUCCAGAUGAUAUUGUCACUUUUAUUGAUGAAAUUACCUUUUCUUCAAAAGCUGUCACAAAGCUGCCAGUUGAAGCAAGGAUAGAAGUGACUAAGAAGGCUAUUAACACAGUCAAACAUCUUUCUGAGAAAUCAAGAAAAAAAACUUCUGAGAACGACAUGCAAGAUACCGAAAAUCCGUCUGUUGCUUAUGAAGAAACUCUGAAUCACUUGCAGCAAUCUCUUGCUCAUCUGGAAACACUCACUCAUAGUUUUAUCACUUAUUUGAAAAACAGCGAUCAGGAUGCACUACAGAAGUAUGGCUAUUUAUAUGAUUUGUCAAGGUCAGAGAAAGAAAAAAUCUAUGACCAAGCAGUAGCUAUGUGCAUAGAUGGUCAACCCCUGGACAUGAUACAACAAUUGUUACAAGUGGCUGUUGGAGAUCUAGAUCUUUCUCCCAAGGAUAUUGUCCAGUGUGCUGUUAAAAAAAUUGUAUGUAUAUUAAGUGGAAAUGGUGGCUCAUCUACAUCAGUGAAAGAUUCACUUGAAAUCCUAGAAGGCAUCAUUUCUGCAGUGCAUGCAAGUGUUGAGAAAGGGGAGAAAGUAGUUUCUUCAGAUGACCUUCUGGAGUGGUUGAGACCUUUCUGUGGUGAUGACUCUUUAGCAGUGAAGCCUCGCAUCAGAGUAUUGCAAGUUUUGGAGCAAGCCUUCCAUCUCAGUGAUGAGGAUAGCAAGCUACUUGUGUACUUCAGAACACAAGCUGUUCUGAGAGCUUGCUGGCCUGAAACAAAGGUAGAGAUAACAGAUAUUGAAAAUGAAGAAAAGAGGUAUAAUCUCUUCCUUGGACUUCUGGAAUCUAGUCACAGUCCAUCUGAGUUUCAGCACUUGGUUUUACUUCUUCAGGCUUGGCCACCGAUGGACAUGAGCAACAGAUCAUGCAUGAAUGAUAAUCCCUGGGUGAAACUGGGGACUGUUAUGCUACAGAGAUGCCCACCUGAGGAAAAGGAAAACACAGGAAAUGAAAUUUUGAAAAUCUGCCGUUCUUUGUAUGAGACAAAGCACAUGCUCCCUGUUGAGUGUAUAAAAGAAUUAUGUUUGUUGCUGCUUAACCAGUCCCUCCUGCUGCCAUCCCUGAAACUGCUGGUAGAAAGCAAAGAUCAAGAUCUUCAUGCUGUGGCACUGGAGCAGAUAACAGCUGUUGCUAAGGUUGAUGAUUCUAGCUGUGAUGCUGAAAUACUUUCCUUGCUCCUCAAUGCCAAGUUAGUGGUGAAGUGCAUAUCCACUGCCUUCUAUCCUCGCCUUAUUGACCACUUACUGGCUAACCAGGGAGAAGGAGGCUGGGAUGUAGAGGAAAUAGCGAAACAACUUAAAGAAGCAGGUUUCAACGCAGAGGCUGGGUCCCUCUUGAUGUCUCAUCGAGGGACUCAUCCUGCACUCAGGACUUUUACGACUGCCCUCCAGACUAUUCAGCAUUGGAUCUAAAAAUGUUGGAUUUAUGCAUUUGUCUGCCUUUUUACUGGAGAUCUUACACAGAAGGGAGAAAUUGUUGUUCUAGUGAAGUAACAAAGUCAGUUAUUACCUGCAUUUUGUAGAAAAUUCAAACAGCACAGUUACAGUGAGUUAACAUAUACUUGUAAUAGUUUAAAAAAAUGUUUGCUGUGGACCAUAUCAUUCUGUUAUGUGACUAGCAAGCAUUGAAUCUGAU